AUGGCGAACCCCACUCUCCGAGUCAUUCUUUUGGCUCUGUUUGUUUGUCUUGUUUGCUCUCAAGACGCCCCGAACCAACAGCCCCUAUCACCUUCACCCCAAAACCCUGUUGGCUCAACCCCGGGUAAUACCUUUUGCAAUGGCCCUUGUGUCCAAGUGUCCCUAGAUGACAUUACCCCAUCCUACGAUGCCCAAAGUAAAGUUAAAUGUUGUCCUACGGGCACAUUCUUUGACGGCACUACCUGUGUCUCUAAACCGUCAACUGUGUGCCCACCCGAUACAUCCCUCCAGGGCGGAUCUUGUAUCUCCAACCAGAAGCCAACGUGCCCAGCUGGUACAGUUCUCCAGGCGGAGAAAUGUGUUUCUACCACCGAGCCCGGUUGCUUAUCAGGAGCUCGAUUCGACGGCUGCAACUGUAUCUCUACCCAAAUUCCCUCCUGCAGUGCAGGAUUUGACUUUAAUGGCGUCGCUUGCGUCUCUACACAGUCUUUGGUUUGUCCAGCAGGAUAUACCGUGGUCGGGAACCUCUGUGCGCAUAACUUGCCCCCGACCUGCCCGCUCGGGGAGAAAUUAGAAAAAGGGUCUUGCAUCCAUUCGACCCCACCUUCUUGCCCAGCUUCGACGACCCUUGAGGAUGGCCUAUGUGUCAAGAAGCAGGCUCCAUCAUGUGCAGCUGGCUUUGUGUUCGAUCAAGGGAGCAAGAGCUGCACCCACCAAGAGAAACCCACCUGUCCCACUGGCUCAAUAUUCAGUGGGCGCGUUUGCAUCUCGGAUAAGCAACCCAAGUGCAAGGAAGGCGAAUUUAAAGAGGGUGCUUGUCAAAGCCUGGAUGAGCCGCUCUGUGUUUACGGCGCGAGCCUCAUGGACAAUAUUUGUGCGAAACCAUUUGUCUGCAGUGAUGGGUUGGUGAAAUCUCGGGACCCCAAGACAGGCAGUGAGUAUUGCUGUCCGGCAAACAUGGGGUGGGAUGAAGCCACGAAACGAUGUUUGCUACCUGCCAAAGACUCUACAGCUUGUCCAGCCGGAAGUACUUUUCAGGGUGCACAAUGUGUAUUUACACCUGGGGAGGUGGAGUGUGAGCCCGACUUCACCUUCAAUGGACAUGCCUGUGCACAUCGCGAUUCACCUUCCUGUCCAGAUAAAACUACUUUCUCAAACCGAGCUUGUGUUUUUACUGAGAAGCCUUCAUGCGACGAGGGAACAUUCGACGGAUCAGCCUGUGUCAUGCCUCAGAAACCCAGCUGCUCAGGCAAAUCUGUCUUGUCAGGGGACACCUGCGUGUCUAUGGAGUCGCCAGCCUGCCCUGACCAGAUGAUUCUCCGUCCGCGCGGGGACGUGUGCAUCUCCACGAGCUCUCCUACAUGCCCUUCAGGAUCGGUGUCAGAUGGCGGCAAUCUCUGCCUCACAACCAGCACUCCCGUGUGCACUGCAGGAACACUGAGAGAUGGCAAGUGUAUUGCCAGCACAGGUCCAACUUGUUUAGACAAUACCAUCUUCGAUGGCAAGUAUUGUGUUUCUCAGAGCCCCCCAGGCUGUGAGCAGGGCUUCACUUUCAACGGAACUGCGUGUGUCUCGCACGGCCUCCCUGCUUGCCCUGGAGGUGCCAUCUUUGACGGAAAGGCUUGCCUCCACAGCGAGGCUCCUAAAUGUCCCUCGAACACUCACCUCCAGGGGGACAAGUGUGUCAGCCAAUCAGGUCCCAGGUGUCCUGACGGUUAUGUUUACUCACCGCAGGGAUGUAUCUCAGGGAAGCUCCCAGAGUGUCCAAGCGAUCUACACUUGGAAGGGGAAAACUGCAUUUCCAGCAAUAAACCAACAUGUAUUGCUGGUACACAGCUUGUCAACGGCUCCUGUGUUUCUAUCGAUGGUCCAAAUUGUCCUACUGGUAGCCAAUUGCGGCCCGAAGGAUGCGUCACCGUUACUGUCCCAUCCUGUCCCUACGGCUCGAGUCUUGAGGAUAACAAGUGCGUCUCCAACGAUAGACCCAAGUGUACUCUUCCUCUAGUCGUGUUGGGCGACAAGUGUGUCUCUCGAGACCAACCGUCUUGUCCCGCAGGUACCACUUUCUCCCUUGGAAAGUGCACACUUGCUGCAUCUCAUGGCUGUUACAGCAUGCAGUUUUGCCCUCCAUCGUGA